CACGUGAUCGUGUCAGACUGUACUUACUGUAGAAGCGCGUGAAAUACAGACUGGAGAGGAGCACUCAUAGAAAAACAAGAGCAGCAUGGCAGCGAACUCGUCUUUACAAGCCAGCCGGAUGGACAGAAGUGGUAGUUUUUUUCAGCUCGUCGAUGCGUUUGUGUUGUCACUGGGAGCGUUGGAGCAGCAAAUGGUUCAUGCUGUGCAGGAAAAUGACAGAGAUCCAGACAGAGACAGAGACGUUUCUAUGCUCAUAGAGAUAGAGGGAGAGAUGAGUCCUGUGUGUCUGCAGUAUCCUGCGGUUGAUGGGGAAGGUACAAGCAUAAGUGUGAGUGUGUUGGACAAACUGAUACACACACACCCCAUCUGGCUUCUGCUUUCCAUCGACCAGCGAGAGGCCACUGGCAUCCUUCUGCAGCAACCAGCUGGGGUGUUUUUAGUGUGGAAAUCAUCUAUCCUGCAAAGGAAGGUCCUGUCAUUCCACAUGGAUGCUACCUCGGACUCCUCUAUCAUUCACAUCCCUGUAAAGGAGAACCAGUACACAUUUUCUCUAGACGGCUCAGGAAUCAGUUUUGCUGACCUCUUUCGUCUUGUGGCUUUUUAUUGUAUCAGCAGAGACAUUCUUCCAUUUCCCCUGAAGCUUCCUGAGGCCAUCCAGUCAGCAUCAACCCUGUCAGAUCUACAUGAAGUGGCACAGCAAGGAGCAGCAUUCUGGGAAUCUUCUCUCAACAAACAACUGGAGACAACCUCUGCACCAGACAGUUCAGUGGUUCAGGACAGACCACCGAUCUCUCUGCACGGCAGCUGCUCUGAUGUCUUACAGACAGAAGAGCAAACCUGCACCACUUUUGAGAAGCUCCUAAAUAGCACCUUCCCUGAUACUUCAGAAAGUGAAAGGAGUUGUCCCAGCAGUGCUUUGUCUUUUAUCAAUCCUGUCUUUCUCAAGACACAGCAAGAUGUCACUGGAAAUUCAGAAACCGUGAUCGCAAAGGACCCCACAGCAGAAAACGGAAAAUCUCGUCCCCCUCCUCCACCAAGACCACCUCCUCCUCGUAUUUUGGUUCGUAGCCCUACUUCACCUUCAGAUCCGAGGACUAUGCCUUUGAGUGCUGGCAUUACUAGAACGAGUCGGAGACACAAUCCUCCACCACGACCUUCACAAUCUCCAGACAUCGACAGCUACCGCUGCACCAUUGCAUUAGAUGAUGAAACCAUCUCAAGGGCACUUUCUCAAGCCAAUACAACAGUAAAUCCAACCAGCAGUACCAUCCUGCAGCAAUGGACCGGACCCGAAGAGAAAGGGCGAAGCUCAAGUGGCCGGAGCUUGUCUACAUCCUCAUCAGACUCUUUGGAUUCACCUCCACAUCCUCUCCCGUUGGGACUAUCCCAAAGCGUGGGCAAAGGCCUCUCCACGGAUGACAGCAGUGAUGAGUAUGAGGACGAAGAGGAUGACUACGGUGUGGGGCUUGAAAGGAAUCUACAUCUUCGGCUUCGUGCUUCUCGCAUGUCAAGGAAACUUUUGUCGGUUGAACUAGUGGGGGCUCGUCCAAAAUCACUUGUUUUCCCGCAAGCUUUAAAAGGACACUUCCGUAAGGUCCGAGGUGUUUUCAGUGUACUGGCUACUCCUGAAAAACGCAUCUUGCUUCGGAUCGUUGAGUUGUCCCAAGAUAAAUCUUCUUAUUUUGGGUGCCUUGUGCAGGACUGUGUGAGCUUUGUGCAGGAGAAUAAAAAAUGCCACUUGUCCGACCAGGAUCUUCUGCAGAUGCUCCGGCAGUUUAUGACCCAGAUGAAGGCUUACCUCAAACAGAGCUCGGAGAUGAACCCUCCUAUAGAGUCUUACAUACCUGAGGACCAGAUAGAUCCAGUGUUGGAGAAGGCUAUGCAUAAGUGUGUGCUGAAAUCUCUGUACAGCUGCUUGCAGUCGGUGCUGCAUGACCUCCAGGAGGCUGGUGGAGUAUGGCAGAGGCUGCAGGAGAAUCUAACUCUGGCAAAGGCCAAACAGCCUCACGAGCUGGGGGUGAACGGAGCCCGGCCUCCGGACGCCCACGCCAUCCAGAGGAUCCGCCGAAAACUCAGAGCCAUGUGCCAAAUGUACUCACCUGAGAGGAAGAUUAUGGUGCUGUUAAAAGUCUGCAAACUCAUCUACAAUAUUAUGCAAGACCAGGAAGUGCGGAUGUUUGGAGCGGACGAUUUCCUGCCCAUGUUGACAUACGUGUUGGUCCAGUGUGACAUGCCUCAGCUGGACACUGAGAUCCUGUAUAUGAUGGAGCUGAUAGAUCCUCCAUUACUGCAUGGAGAAGGAGGAUAUUACCUCACUAGUGCUUACGGUGCAAUGUCACUGAUUAAGAACUUCCAGGAAGAGCAAGCGGCUCGAGCACUCAGCUCUUCAACACGUGACACGCUCCACCAGUGGCACCAACGUCGCACACUGGAGAAGAACCUGCCCUCUGUAGACGACUUCCAGAACUACAUGCGAGUGGUUCUGCAAAAGGCAGAUAGCGGCUGCACGGCCAAGACCCUCCAGGUGCGGCCCCACGCCACGACGGAAGAGGUGUGUCACCUUUGUGCGCUCAAAUUCCACGUGUCUGAUCCAGAAAACUAUGGCCUGUUUCUCUACAAGGACGACAGCAGCCAGCAGUUGGCCGCAGAUACAAAGCCACAGUGUAUAAAGGCAGACCUACACAGUCAACCAAAGCGUCAACACUUUUACUUUGUCUACAAGUCGAUUCCCAGCAUGAACUGCUCCGCUCCUUUGUCUCGAAAGCAGGACAUUUCCUAAACACUCAAUAGACGGAAGGUGUUUAAUGAGGGGGUGGCUUUAAGGAAUGUGCAUGAAGUUUGUGAAAUGAAAACGUUUCAUGGACAGGGUGGCUCAAAAAAAGAAUUAUUCAUUUGGCGCUUCGCAAGUACAUUUGGGAUAUUAAUAUGAGCAGCUUCAAAACAGGCUUGUGUAGCACGCUUGCAAAUUUUACCUAAAUUGAGUAAAGACUAGUUUAUUUGGGACCAAAUAUUGGUUUGUAUUUAUAAACUUUAAAAAUGUAAGAACAGUUAUAUGCUAAGGCUUUGCAAUAGGGUUCCAUUAUUAACCAGAUAAACUAAUCUGAACUCAUUUACAGAAUAUAUUUACAGAAUUUAUUAAUCUUAGUAAAUGGUGAUCUCAACAUUUACUAAUACAUUUUUAAGAUCAAAAGUAGUGUCUUUUGACAUUAAUUAAUGCACUGUUAAUGCACUUAGUUAAUAUAUUAACUAAUGUUGACAAACGAGACCUUACUGUAAAGUAAUACCAAUAUUAGUUUAUAUCUUACAAUAACCAUGGUAAAUGGGUUAAAUAACUGCACUUGAUAAUUGCUGCCAUAUAUAUAUAAUGUAAUGUAAUGUUGGAAAAUGCUAUAUAUGUACAUAUGCAUAUUGAUUUCAAAUAUGCAAAAUGCAUGCUAUAUAUACACUAACGUUCAUGUCAUGUUUUUUAAGGAAAGAAAUGAAUGCAACAAUGACAAAGAAAAUUGCACAAAAAAAAUAGCUUUACUGAGCACCAAAUCAACAUAUUGGAAUGAUUUCUUUAGGAUCAUGUGAUAAUGAUGACUGGAAUAUUCUCAUUAAAAAUUACAUUUUCAAUGGUGAGCCUAUUUAAAAAAAAUUUACCCUCAAAACUCUUACUGACCACAAACAUAGGUUAAAAUAAUACAUUUUCAAGUAGCUUUUUUAGCAAUAUUUUAUGGUACUAAACAAGUUGUUUAGUUUAUCUGACAAUAGCAUAUUUUUUAUUUUCCUUUUUGAAGUAGUGUGCUAUAAUUGUAGAAAGUCCCAAAUGUGCAUACUACAUUAUGUAAAAUUGUGCUUAUUGGUAUGUUUUGAAUACAACAGGCAUUUAUUUGGAAUUGUCAGUAAUGUGGCGUUGAACCUGUGAGUAUUUUUUCUCUUUUGAUUCAGUAUGAAUUUAAUGUAGCAUCUGUCUCCAAAACCGCCAGGACUGCAAUGAAAGCUAUAUUGUGCUGUCGUCGUUAUGUGUAUAUAGAGGUGUCUCUCUGUUCAAGCCAUAGAGUUCUGUACAUAAUCUAUUAUUGCAUUCAGGUUGAGUGAGUGUUGAGGUGUUUAGAGAUGAUGCUUGAUCACGUGCUUGAUUUUUCUCUAGCACAACAGAGAUGCGUCAGUGUGACCUUGCGAUCUGUUAAAUUGGCAGAAGAUUUUUUUUCUCACUUUGUUCUUGCGAAAAAGGAACACUCUGCGUCUUCCACUUCAGUCGACGUCUAAAUGUCCUACACUGUGCAACGUGUACAACGCAUUUAAGCCAGAGAAUGUGAUUUUAACCAGUUUUCUUACUGUUGAUGAUAAUUUAAACACUGUACAUGUGCAUACUUUAUUCUCUUUGUUGUUACUUGCACUACAGGAAAUAAAGAGUGUCUUUAUUCUUUUUAUGAUCUCA